AUGCCUCACAUUAAAGAACUCAAUGCUCAUGAACGCCCACCAGAGGCCAUCCGUCACCGCUAUAAAGAAAUCCAAAAAGCUACCCUAUCAGAUAUAGAAUUGGAUCAUCAAAUUAUUGAUCUCCAAGGUCUAAACCCCGAUAAGCUUCCGAGCAACAUAUCUCUCGCACAAUGGAUGCCAGGUGCGCAUGUGCAGCCAGUUUUCCAACAACUUGUCCGUGCACACGUUGAAAGUCAAAAGGAUGCAGAUACUCCUGUUAAAGAUAUUCCAGUAUAUACACAUGAGUCAGUUUCUGGUUUGCAAAUGAUCCCGUCGUUGAUUCCUCCGGCGGUACAAGUAGAGCUGUUGUCUCGUUUAUUACAUAGAGAUUUGUCUAACAAGGAGCAUCGAACAAACCUUCAUCUACACUACAACAUCAUCUAUCCUGGCGAAACAGAACAUGCUCCCAUUGAGCCUGGCAUGUCGACGUCCUCGGCGGGUACUGGCUCAGAAGGCAACGACAUCCUGUCAUUCUUCGAAGACGAUCCGGCUCGUGUGGUCUACCCGAAGGAUCCAGAAAUUCACAAGCCAUUGACUGUUCAACAAAUCCUAAAUAAGAAGCUCCGAUGGGCAACCCUGGGCGGCCAAUAUAAUUGGACUACCAAAGAGUAUCCGGCAGAGCGCCCGCCAGCAUUUCCAGAAGAUGUUGCCAGUGUUUUACAUGCAGCAUUUCCACAGACAGAAGCCCAGGCAGCCAUUCUAAAUCUCUAUUCGCCAGGAGAUACGCUGAGCCUCAUCGGGAUCUUUGGCUGUGAUGGCCUGUUCCUCAUCAGUCAUGAUGAUGGGAAGGGCUGUGAAAUUGUUCGACUUCGCUCUGGAGAUGCUGUGUAUAUGGACGGGACGUCACGUUUUGCAUGGCAUGCUGUACCCAAGAUCGUCCCUGGAACAUGCCCGGAAUGGCUGGCUGAUUGGCCAUUGUGCGCUGUUGACGAUGCAGACACUUCAAAAUACGACAAGUGGAAGGGUUGGAUGUCAGGCAAAAGAGUCAAUCUGAACGUUCGACAAAUGACGGUCACAAAUACACACACUUGA